AUGGCGUCCCGCAAAGCCUCCGCCGCCGGGCAGGGCAAUGGGCUGGCGGCCACCGGCCGGGACAGGCCGCACCUGGAGCUGGCCGAGCUGGGGCCGCUCCUCGAGGAGAAGGGGGACCAGGGAGCCACCGGCUCGGCCAGCACUGAAGACCCACCGUGCCCAGCAGCCCGUGAGGAGGAGGAGGAGGAGGUGGUCCGUGUGCUGACUCUGCCUCUGCAGGCUCACCAUGCCAUGGAGAAGAUGGAAGAGUUUGUCUAUAAGGUGUGGGAAGGGCGCUGGAGAGUGAUCCCCUACGACGUGCUGCCUGACUGGCUGAAGGACAAUGAUUACCUCCUGCAUGGCCACAGGCCUCCCAUGCCCUCCUUCAGAGCCUGCUUCAAGAGCAUCUUCCGGAUACACACCGAGACAGGCAACAUCUGGACACAUCUGUUAGGUUUUGUUUUGUUCCUCUGCUUGGGCAUCCUGACCAUGCUGCGCCCCAACAUGUACUUCAUGGCUCCCCUCCAGGAGAAGGUGGUGUUUGGGAUGUUCUUCCUGGGAGCAGUGCUGUGCCUCAGCUUCUCCUGGCUUUUCCACACUGUCUACUGUCACUCAGAGAAGGUCUCCAGGACUUUUUCAAAGUUGGACUAUUCAGGAAUUGCCCUGCUGAUCAUGGGCAGCUUUGUCCCAUGGCUCUACUACUCCUUCUACUGCUCCCCCCAGCCCAGGCUCAUCUACCUCUCCAUCGUCUGUGUCCUGGGCAUCUCUGCCAUCAUCGUGGCUCAGUGGGACAGGUUUGCCACCCCCAAGCACAGGCAGACAAGAGCAGGGGUCUUCCUGGGGCUGGGGCUGAGCGGGGUGGUGCCCACCAUGCACUUCACCAUCGCUGAGGGCUUUGUGAAGGCCACCACAGUGGGGCAGAUGGGGUGGUUCUUCCUGAUGGCAGUGAUGUACAUCACGGGCGCAGGGCUGUACGCCGCACGCAUCCCCGAGCGCUUCUUCCCCGGCAAGUUCGACAUCUGGUUCCAGUCCCAUCAGAUCUUCCACGUGCUGGUGGUGGCAGCAGCCUUUGUGCACUUCUAUGGAGUCUCCAACCUGCAGGAAUUCCGCUACGGACUGGAAGGAGGCUGCACAGACGACUCCCUGCUCUGAGACCUGCUCCUGGUUUUAGUCCCAAGCUUCCUAAGUGCUUUGUGGUUUUGGUUU